AUGCCCGUUCAUCCAGUAGAGUGUUUGCGAGUGCUAUUCCAUAACCUGGAGGCCGUUAUUCCUCCACCAGGAAAACCAGAUAUCCGCUGCACCCCACCUAAGUUUCUAGGUUGUAUAAGGUGCGAUGGAACAUGCCAGAGUCUGGCGUCUCGAAACGCUGUGUGUCUUCAUAUCUGUCGGUACGGAUGCGUGUGCCCGAAGGAUACUUACGAGCAGGAUAAUCAGUGCGUCCCGGCCUCAAAGUGCGUCGUCAACUGCCCCGAAAACAUGCGUUUUGAUCCUUGCCCUAAAUUUAAAGAAGUCACUUGUGAUACAUUAAAGGAGAAACAAAUCAAAGAAGACAGCUGCCGCCCCGGCUGCGUCUGCAACCCGGGAUACGUUUUAGCGAAGGCGUUUGAAAACCGUUGUGUAAAAGUCAGUGAAUGUCCAAAGUGAUGAAACUAAGUGAAAAUUCAUGGAAUGAAUAAAGAGAUUUUACUGAGCAAAAU